AUGUGGCAGUGUGGUAAAAAAGCAGAAGAGAAACAACACACACCAGCAGAGAGAGAGAGAGAGAGAGAGAGAGGGGGGAGUCCCAGUUUUGUUGAGAGAGGGUUUCUUCUCUAACUGGAAUAAUUCAUCAUUCUAGUUCUAGUUAGAGAACAGCUCAAAUUCAUAUCAUUUAUUUAUUUUCAUAGUUUUUUUUUUAUUAAAAUAAUAAUAAUAAUUUACUGAUUUUUUAUUUUUUCAUUUGAUUCUAUACUGAUCAAUUUCAUAAUUUUUUCUUUGUUGUUGUUGUUUGGUUUUUUCACACUGAACCAAGAACUUGAAACCCUAAUUAUCAAUGGUUAGCACUCCUAAUUCUUCCAAUAAUCAUCACUCUCCGACGAGUGCUCCCUCGUCGGCGCCGCCGUCAGGUGACAUUAAUACCCCUAAUUUUACGCCAAAAACCCUUCCUUCACCCUGGGCUCAGGUCGUCCGUGGCGGCGAGACAGAAUCACCUACCGGUGUUCAUCAAUCACUUCCGUCAUCAUCAUCAUCAUCCUCCUCGUCUUCUUCCUCUCUGACUACAGGCAUAGCUGACCAAGCGCCGUCGUGUGAUGAUUCUCCAAAGGCGGUAUCUAUUCCGCCGCCGGUGGAUGACUCGAAUACGGUAGCCACCGUUGUAGAUAACUCCGAUGGUAGUGAUGGAAAUGCAGGUCUUUCUAAAAAGCCUGCAUGGAACAAACCCUCAAACGGUGUCGUUGAGACUUCUCCUGUAAUGGGUGCUGAAUCCUGGCCUGCUUUGUCUGAAUCCACCAAAAUUUCUGCUAGAUUUCCAGCUGAAUCGUCCUCCAACGUUGCCAAUGUUGGAUCACCUUCCACUUCUCAGGGGCCUAUAAUUUCACAUCCCCCUCAGAGACAAGGUACUAAUAACGCAAGAUCUAGUUCCACUUCUGCAACAAACAAUAUGCCCAACAGACCAAGACCCCAGAGGCGGGUAGGUGGCAGCAACAUUGGGCCUGGUCCUGCUCAAAGCAGCUCGUCCAACCCUCCUACUCCUCCACCGGCGCCUCCUUUUCCUGUAUAUCAGCUCCCUCCAGUCAGCUAUCGGAAUAUGGGGCCAAUCAUCCCCGACUCUUCUCCAAGAGAUCAUCACCGAAACAAUAACUGGGAUGCCAGACCAGCAGUAGGGGGUUCCUCUCGCAGGGGCAAUUUUGGGUCCCAUCCACGAGGAGAUGGUUCCUAUCAUCAUAAUAAUUAUAGUAGCAGGCGUGAUCACGACCGUGGAAAUUUUGUGAAUACUAGAGAUGCCCACGCACCCCAACCAAGGAUGCCUCCUAGAGGAAUAUUGAGGCACCCACCACCCAAUACUGGUGCAUUUUUGGGUCCUCAGCCGAUUGGGCCCUUUCCAAACCCUGUUCCUUAUCCUGAGGUGUAUUACUUUCCAGCAGUGACGAUGGAUCCCUUUAGGGGUAUGCCAGUCUUCCCCCACAGCCCUUCUCCUGUACCAUUCUUACCUGCUGCUGCUGCUGCAGAAUCUCCCUUGCCCAUUUUGAUAGUCAACCAGAUUGAUUAUUACUUUAGUGAUGCUAAUUUAGCGACAGAUGAGUUUUUAAAGUCCAAUAUGGAUGAAGAGGGUUGGGUUCCAAUUACCUUGAUAGCAAAUUUCCCUCGAGUUAGAAACUUGACAAGCAACAUCCAGUUGAUAUUGGAGUCCAUGAGAACUUCAAAGGUUGUGGAUGUCCAGGGAAACAAGUUGAGGAGGCACGAUGAGUGGAUGAAAUAUUUGCCCUCUGCUCAGGUUCAAGCUGAUUCUGGUUCUGUUUCACCUGGUGAAUCAAGCUACGAUAACCUCACUGUUGAUUUUCAAACAACUAUCACUUUGGAGAAAACAACUAAAGAUGAAGGCGAGUUUUCCCGUCAGUCUUAACUCUCAGAUGGAAGUGUGUUGCGGGAAACCCUCUCAGAUAAAACUGUAUUGGCAUUAUCUACCGUGCAGUUUUUAUAUGGUCCAGGUCCAUUAGUAAUUUUAAAUUUAGUAGACAAAUAAGGAAUAAUUUACAAUUAUGACAGACGAUCUAAAGAUAAAAUGGAGUUUGAUGAAACAUAAACUUUGGUGUUUUGACUGAGGUAAUGAGAUCAUUGGUGUGUAUAUGUUAUAUUUGAUGUGGAUUUUUCUUAUUUGAGAUCGUUGACAUGCGGGUUAACUCUUUUUGAAUGGCUGAAUUGAAUUUUUGCGGAGGAAUGAAUUGAAAAUUUUGCUCUUUGA